AUGGCGAAUUUAAGACAAACACCUUUGACAUGCAGUGGACACACGAGACCAGUUGUUCAUCUGGCAUUUUCAGACAUCACUGAUACUGGGUACUAUUUAAUUUCAGCGUGCAAAGAUGGAAAGCCCAUGUUGAGACAAGGUGACACUGGAGACUGGAUCGGUACAUUCGAAGGCCACAAAGGAGCUGUAUGGGGAGUUGACUUGAAUCGACAAGCCACUCGUGCAGCCUCUGGUGCCGCUGAUUUCAAUGCUAAAGUCUGGGACGCCAUCAAGGGCGAAGAAAUUCAUUCAUUUCAACACAACCAUAUUGUCAAGUCCGUCGGAUUUAGCACUGACUCUAACAAUCUUUGCACAGGCUCCAAUGAAAAACUACUCCGUAUUUUUGAUCUUAAUAAGCCUGACUCAUCACCCCAGGUUUUUUCUGGGCACACAAGCUUCAUAAAACAAGUAACCUUUUUCAAUGACAAUAAAUUAAUCGUAAGUUGUGCUGACGAUAAAACCCUGAGAGUAUGGGAUCGAAGCAACGGCCAAGAAGUAAGACGACUUGAUUUUCCGGCUCUUCCUAGUUCGAUGGAAGUUUCUAAAGAUGGAAAAAUAAUUACUACCACGCAUUCUAAUACCGUCUCGUUCUGGAAUAGCUUAGAUUUAACAAAAAUUCGUGAAUAUACAAUUCCAACUCAAGUAAACAGCGUGAGUUUGCAUCCAGAUUGUUCAAUGUUUGUUUGUGGCGGUGAAGAUUUAAAAAUGUACAAAUUCGAUUAUUCAACUGGUAUAGAAAUAGAAUCAUUCAAAGGACAUUUCGGACCAGUACAUUGCGUAAGAUUUUCUCCAGACGGUGAGUUAUACGCCAGCGGUUCAGAGGACGGAACUCUGAGACUCUGGCAGACGACUGUCGGAAAGACUUAUGGACUUUGGCGUUGCACCGACCAGACAACUACCAUCCAAGAAAAUUCCUCAGUUGUCAACAACAAACACGAAGUAUCUGCCAGCUAA